AUGACUGCCUCAUACAUCAACCACAGCUGUCUUGGCAACGUCUGUAGAACCUUCAUUGGAGACAUGAUGAUCAUCCGCGCUACCAAGGAUCUGGAUGUGGGCACAGAACUCACAUUUCCGUAUGUUUAUCCGAACGGGAAAUACGAUGAGAACAUGGACGACGAGCUGAAGACGUGGGGCUUCAUUUGCAACUGCCCGCUCUGCGAAGAUAUCAAAGCCACCAAAGCUUCGGACCUCACGAAGAGGCAGAACUUGCUGAACCAAGUAGUCAAACUCUGCAAAUCUCCGGCGGCAGGAAUCCAGUUUACGAACAAGAUCGAACGCUUGGCCGAGGCGCUGAACGAGACGUACACCCGUCCGGCGGAGGCAGUGCCUAGGCUCCUGCUGUGGAGUCCGUACCUCCUGCUGACACGGAUUUACAUGAAACGCUCCAUUUACGGCAAAGCAUUGGAGACCAUGGGCAAAUUCCUCCAGGCUCUGGGCUUCACUUUCACCGGGCUUGACCGCAAGUCUUCGCCUUUGAUGAUCAUAGGAUGGGGUCACGUGGAAGAUCGUCUAGUAGACGUCUUUCUGCAUGCGCGAUCAGCGUUUGAGCAGUUGGGGCUGUCCGAGAAAUCGCAACAGGCGGACAAGUAUGCGCGAGUGGUGUAUCGAGUAGUGGUGGGGGAAGAUGCGUCAUUUGAUGAGACGCACCCUAGGUCUUCGUAG